AUGAAGUUUGAAACAAGAAACAUGGACCAGUCUUAUGUUGUUGAUGUGUCGAAGAAGGAAUGCAUAUGCAGGGGUGGGGAAGAUGUUAUUAUGGGUGAUGAAGCUAAUCAAGAUGUCAACGUUAAUGAAGAUGAAGUGCAGGUUGGUAAAGUAGAGCAACCAAGGAAGAGGAAGAAGUCUGAAAGAAUCCUUAAAAUGAAGCUCGCAAAAAGAAUUGAAGGUGAAGGUUGUAGUGCAGCAAAGGCUAUGGAAUUGGAUUAG